AUGCCAUCUUCAGCAGCAUCUUCUGUUGGCAAUGCUCAUUCUUCUGUUGUCUCAGCCUAUGCUGCACUUGAAAAGGUCAAACACGCCUCUGCUGUGAAUGCAAAUCAGGUCAAUGCGAUACUAAACGAGUGUAAGGACUGUAAACAGGUGAAGGAUGUGCUGGUUUACAAGGAUGGAGAUGUAUACAGAGACUACACGAAUAAUAUUGAGUUUACGAUGACAGAUGGACAGUUGAAGGAUAAAUCAGGGGCAUUUGCUGGAAAAGACUGUGGGUGUAAAAAGAGUGAGAUUCCUGAGAAGGGGAAAUUGACUGAAACAGGGCUAAUUCAGGAUAACGCAGUACCAGAGAGUGAAUGCCAGCAGCAGAAGAACCUGAUGGAUAAAAUGGCAGCACAAAGUGCGUCACCAACUCAAAGCGCAGUAGGUGGAGGAGCUCAAAGUGCAUCAGGCGGAGCAGGUGGAGCACCAACUCAAAGUACAGGAGCAGCUCAAAGUGUAGCACCAACUCAAAGUGCAGCAGGUGGAGCAUCUGGUGGAUCAUCACCAGCACAAAGUGCAGCACCAGCUCAGUCUCAACCAGCACCGGCACAAAGUGCAGCACCAUCUCAGUCUCAGGCAGCAACUCCAACUCCAGCACAAAGUGCAGCACCAACUCAAUCUCAGGCACCAGCACCAGUUCAAAGUGCUGCUCCUGCCCCAGUUCAAUCUCAGGCACCUGCACCAACACCUUCACCAACUGAACCAAGUCAGCCUACAUCUCACACCUGCAGUGAUAACACAACAAAACCAGAACAAGAAUGCACCAACAUCAACGUAACAGACAACAAGGAGCAGACUAUUCCACUAAACACGGAGGGAAGGAAUGGAAUCCAAUUCAGGGCAUUGAAACUGAAAUACGACCUAAAAUGCAGUGAUGAUAAGAAGAAGGAAACAAAGGCAGUUAAGACUGAUAGGGGUGGAAUGGAUGCAUGUAGUCACAAGGAGCCAGCAGUAACUACGCGUAAUUGCAGUAGUAUGCAACCAGUAAGUACGACAAAAUGCACCAGUACGACCUCAAAAUGCUCUAGUAGUUCAGCAGCAGUACCAGUUGCAUCAACUAAGGAAAUAACAAAGGAAGUUACUAAAGAAGUGCCAGUAACACGUACAGUGCAGAAUACAGUCACAAAUAUAGUACAAAAUACAGUUACAGACACAGUGAGUAGCACAGAGACAGUUUGUAGCGUACAGACUCAGACAAAGAGUGUCACAGAAGUGAAGACUGUAAGUGUGGAGAAGAAGGAAGAGAAGAAGUGUGAACAAAAGAAGGAGGAGAAGAAGUGUGAGAAACCAGCACCAGAAAAGUGUCAGGAUAAGGACAAAGUGAGCAAGGAGGACCAGGACCAAUCUGAAGAUACCAGUUACAUCACAAUCAAUAAGACAGUGGUAGUAGAGACCACAGAUAGUGAAGACCAGGGCAUAGAGUGUAAGCCAGAUUGUGAGUGCGAGGAGAAGAAUACGUGUCAGAAUCCAUGUGAGACGCUGAAGUGUGAGAUAGUGCAAGGGAAUUCAGAGAAAGAGAAGAAGCAAUGA